CCCGUUCUUCUGCUGAGAAGAAUCUACUAGUCCGCAUCUCACUGCGGCCUUUUCAGCACUGGAGUUUAUGCCACCAGCUUCCCCGAAACGAUGCCGUUGCCGCACACAUGGGUCACUCUUCCUAGUACGUCGAUGGAAUUCCUUGUAUCAAAUGUAUUCAUACGCGGCCUCGGAAUCGAGGACGGUAGGGGAAAAUUGAGGAAACGAGAAAGGCUGUCCCGUCCCGGAUCGUGGCUUCCUUCGAGAUCAGGCAAUAUUCGUACCCGCAAGCCGUUCGCUGCAUGUUGAACUGCAAGGCCUUUCCGAUCGCACCCAUCGACCAUGGCACCCAAACUGAGUGUUACCCAUAUCGGCACAGCGACUGCAAUCCUCGAAAUCAAUGGAGUGAAGCUGAUCACCGACCCUUUCUUUUCACCAGCAGGCACGCGUUUCCCAAUAACGGACGACUUCGCUCUCGUUGUACAUCAAAACCCCGCAUUGUGCCUCGACCAGCUUCCCGUCAUUGAUGCUGUUCUCCUGAGUCAUGAGGACCAUCCGGAUAACCUUGACGACCUCGGCCGUCAGCUCCUAGACGGCCGGCUGGUGUUCACCACCAUAGACGGCGCGAAGAAGCUCUCACCUCGCCCUACUGUGCACGGGUUCGAACCCUGGCAGACGUUAAAACGAGUGCGCAUCGCAGGGAAACUUUUCCAGAUCAUUGCCACGCCGGCCAAGCACAAAGAUGGCGACGAAUGCACUGGUUUCCUCAUCACAGGCGUCGAGGGGUACGAGGACUGCGGUAACUCCUUUGGUUUCAGUGCUUCUGGUCUCCCGAAUGCGAUCUACUUCAGUGGCGAUACGGUGUAUAUUCCCGAGCUGAAACGCAUCGCUGAGCAGUACCAUGUUUGCGCUGCCAUCAUGAACCUUGGCGAUGCGCAGGUGUUGCAUGAUAUUGAGGAUCCGGAGUCGGGGACGUACCAGAUCACGAUGGAUGGGAAGUCUGCGGCCAGGUUGUUUCGUGAUCUCAAGGCGGAUUGUCUGAUUCCGAUGCAUUAUGAGGCUUGGGAUCAUUUUACUGAGGAUGGGUAUAAGCUGAAGAAGGCUUUUGAGGACGAGGGUAUUGCGGAUAAGGUGAAGUGGCUGGAUCCUGGGAGGCCCGUUGCUAUCUUGUAAAUGGCUUCAGCCCUGUCAGAUUAGUUCGUGACAUGUUGGAGUCGCUGAGUAGUUUGUCCUCAGAGCAUUGUUCCUGCCGCACGUGGCAUCCGGGCUUGUCUCGAUCAACGGCGGCCUCAUGGGAGAUUCAUGCCGCAUCACCUGCUCAAGUAAGCAGGAUAGAGCAUAGAAUGGUGAUGAGAACAGCUCGUCCAGGCCACGAUUCGCUUCCAGCGUAUCAACGGACAUUUGUCCAGAUGGCCAAAGGGCUGAUGGUGCUCUGUGUACGAAUCAAGCCCGGGGAUCAAGCACCAAAGUCCCGUCCAUACUCCAAUGCUCGGAUAAGCUUCUCGUGUGCCGUACUUUCGUAUGCAUCUGGAGUAUCGAGGGUGUGUUGAAAAGGUCUUGUACAUAAUUUACACUUUCUUGGCACUGCAGGGAGCGGUGUCCUUGCGACGCGCCUCUUCUCGCGUCUUUCUUUCCUUCCACCACAUCCAGAAGACACGACUUUCCUGCUAGCACUGUAGCACAGCA